GGCGAGUGCGCAAAACCUCACUAGUCUCUCCGUAGGAAGGUACGCUUGAAACCCUGAAAGCAAAUCUUUCUGAAUUUCUUGAUAGAUUUGGAGCUGUUGAAUCUAUGCAUACUAUAUAUGUCUAGGUAUUUAGAUUCGCUUUUAUAAAGUGUAUGCAGGUAAACCUUUUAUGUUGUGGUAUUAAUGGGGAAGGGAAGACCUAGGGCUGUGAAGGAAGGGGUGUUAGGGCAGAACUCGACUGUAUCAACUUCUGGUUCAUUGAUUGCGCCGCCUGGGCCUGUGUAUUAUCCUACUGAGGAUGAAUUUAGGGAUCCAUUAGAGUAUAUAUACAAGAUCAGGCCUGAGGCUGAGCCUUACGGAAUCUGUAGGAUUGUUCCACCAAAGAGUUGGUCUCCACCAUUUGCGCUGAAUGCUGAUUCUUUUACAUUUCCCACGAAAACACAAGCCAUUCACCAAUUGCAAGUGCGGCCCCCGGGGUGUGAUUCUAAGACUUUUGAAUUAGAGUACAAUAGGUUUUUGGAAGAACAUUGUGGUAAAAAAUUGAAGAAGAAGGUGGUUUUUGAUGGGGAGGAAUUGGACUUGUGUAAAUUGUUUAAUGCCGUAAAGCGUUUUGGGGGUUAUGAUAAUGUUACGAAGGACAAGAAGUGGGGGGAAGUUUUUCGUUUUUUCAAGUCCGGGAAGAAGAUCUCUGACUGUGCGAAACACGUGCUGUGUCAGUUGUAUCGUGAGCAUUUGUACGAUUAUGAAAAUUAUUCCAAUUGGUUAAAUAAGGAGGCUGAUAGGAGCUGUAAGAACAUAGUACCAGCCGAUGAAAAAAGUGAAGAUAAAAUUGAAUUUUCUUGCCCGAAGAGGAGGCGAAAGAAUAUUCGAGGUGAAAAAGUCAAGGUUUCUCAUAAGGCUGAGAAGAAGGAAGAAGAGCUUGAUCAGAUAUGUGAGCAAUGCCAAAGUGGGUUGCAUGGUGAACUGAUGCUUUUGUGUGAUCGAUGUAACAAAGGGUGGCACAUUUACUGUCUUUCUCCUCCUUUAAAGCAGGUACCUCCAGGGAACUGGUAUUGCUUGGAGUGCUUGAAUUCUGACAAGGAUAGUUUUGGUUUUGUACCUGGCAAACAUUUUUCGUUGGAUGCUUUCAGGCGUAUGGCUGAUCGUGCAAAGAAGAAAUGGUUUGGGUCGGGACCCCGUUCUCAUGUGCAAAUGGAGAAAAAGUUUUGGGAAAUUGUGGAGGGGUUGACUGGUGAGGUUGAAGUAAUGUAUGGUAGUGACUUAGAUACCACCGUUUAUGGGAGUGGUUUUCCACGUGCAAGUGACCAGAGACCGGAUUCGAUUGAGGCUAAAGUAUGGGAGGAAUACCGUUCCAGUCCUUGGAAUCUCAAUAACUUGCCAAAGUCAAAAGGCUCAAUGCUUCAAGCUGUUCAUCAUAACAUUACUGGUGUCAUGGUGCCGUGGCUUUAUAUUGGCAUGUUAUUCUCAUCUUUUUGCUGGCAUUUUGAAGACCAUUGUUUUUACUCAAUGAACUAUCUACAUUGGGGUGAGCCAAAAUGUUGGUACAGUAUCCCUGGUAAUGAAGCCAGUGCUUUUGAGGAGGUGAUGCGGAAUAGUCUUCCUGAUCUGUUUGAUGCCCAACCAGAUUUGCUGUUUCAGCUCGUAACCAUGUUGAAUCCAUCCGUCCUACAAAAAAAUGGGGUUCCAGUCUAUAAUGUGAUGCAGGAGCCUGGAAAUUUUGUCAUCACUUUCCCAAGAUCUUACCAUGCUGGAUUCAAUUUCGGUCUGAACUGUGCAGAGGCUGUCAAUUUCGCUCCUGCUGACUGGCUACCUCAUGGUGGUUUUGCAGCAGAACGGUAUCGGCUGUAUCAUAAAUCUUCUGUGUUAUCUCAUGAGGAGCUUCUUUGUGUGGUAGCCAAGCAGGGUGAUCACGAUAGCAAAGUUUUGCCACAUCUUGAAGAAGAAUUGCUAAGGAUUUAUACUAAUGAGAAAACUUGGAGAGAACAACUUUGGAAAAGUGGCUUCGUCAGAUCAUCUUCCAUGUCCCCACGGAAAUAUCCUGCAUAUCUUGGUACUGAAGAGGAUCCAACAUGCAUUAUAUGCCAGCAGUAUCUUUAUCUUUCUGCUGUUGUCUGCCGCUGUAGGCCAUCAGCUUUCAUAUGUUUGGAGCACUGGGAACACCUUUGCGAAUGCAAAUCCAGCAAACAUCGUCUUCUUUAUCGUCAUUCGCUGGCAGAAUUAUAUGAUUUGUUGCUUCCUGUGGUUAAAAACUCUUCCGAGGAGAGACCACGGAGCAAUAAUUCACGUAGGCGAAUCUCAUUCUCCAGUGAGCUGUGUUUAUUGAAGAAAAAGGUGAAAAGUGGCAAUGUAACUUUUGGACAACUUGCUGAAAAAUGGAUUCUACGGUCCUGUAAGAUCUCACAAAAUCCAUAUUCUGCUGAUGAAUAUGCUACUUUGCUGAAGGAUGCUGAACAGUUUCUUUGGGCUGGCUACGAGAUGGAUCCGAUGCGGGAAGUGGUAAAGAAUUUGAUUGAAGCUCAAAAUUGGGCAGAAGGCAUAAGAGAUUGUCUUUCUAAAAUUGAGAAGUGGUCAUGUCAUCAUGACAGUGAUUUAGAGAGAGUGAAAUUUGAAUAUGUUAAUAAGUUGUUGCAGUUUGAUCCCGUGCCAUGUAAUGAACCUGGACGCCUUAAGUUGAAGGACUGGGCACAAGAUGCUAGGAUGUUGAUUCAGCAAGUUGAUGACGCUCUGUCCACAUCUUCAAAUCUCUCUGAGUUAGAAGCAUUAUGCGCCAGAGCUUGUAGUUUGCCAAUCUAUGUACAAGAAAGCGAGAAGUUGUCCCAGAAAAUCAGUUCAGCAAAGGUCUGGAUCGACAGCGUAAGAAAAUAUGUGGCUGAUAAACGUCCUGCAGCAAUUGCAGUUGAUGUUCUUUACAAAUUAAACUCAGAGAUGAAGGAGCUUGAAGUUAAUCUUCCAGAAGCAGAAAUGCUUUUGAAUCUAUUAAGGCAAGCUGAAUUGUGUCGAGUUCGGUGCAACGAAAUUCUAAAUGGUCUUACUAGUCUGCAGAAUGUUGAAGGGGUUCUCCAAGAAUGGAAUACUUUCACGAUUAAUAUACCGGAAUUGGCCCUUCUGAAGCAAUACCACUUUGAUGCUCUUUCAUGGAUUACUCGUGUUAAUGAUGUCUUAGAGAAUGUUCAUGAACGGAAGGAUCAAUGUAAUGUAAUUGAUGAGUUGAACUGCAUUCUUAAAGAUGGGGCAUAUUUGAGAAUUCAAGUUGAUAAGUUGCCUCUUGUGGAGGCUGAGUUGAAGAAGGCUUGUUGCAGACAGAAGGCAUUGAAGGCUCGUGAAAUCAAAGGGCCUUUGGAAUCAAUGCAGCAGCUGAUGAUGGAGGCUGUCGUCUUACACAUUGAGGGAGAGCAAUUAUUUGUUGAUAUGUCGAUGAUUCUUGAGAAGGCUCUACAUUGGGAACAAAGAGCAACAGGAAUUCUUGCACACGGGGCUCAGAUGUCUGACUUUGAGGAUGCUAUAAGGAAUUCGGAAGAUAUAUGGGUAGUCCUCCCUUCUCUGGAUGAUGUCCAAGAUGCAGUAUCACUGGCAAAGUCUUGGUUAGAGAAUUCUAAACCAUUUUUUGGUUCUGCCUUUUCUGGGAUUCCUACCCAUUCUUUGCCGAAGAUCGAUAGUCUCAAGGAGUUGGUUUCUCAGUCUUUCUUACUGAAGAUAUCUUUUGAAGAACCGAAAUUACUUGAAAGAGUAUUAAAGAAUUGUGAGCAAUGGGAGAAUGACGCCUGCUCUAUACUUCUUGAGGCAGAUUGCCUGUUUGAUCUAAGUGAUAUUGGCAGUGAAAUAAGCAAUGGUCUUCGUUCGAAAAUUGAAUGUUUGAUUACUAAAUUGGAAACCAUUACAAAAGCUGGAUUAUCUCUUGGUCUUGACUUUCCUCAGAUUCCUAAACUCCAAAAUGCUUGUUCAAUGCUGCAAUAUUGCAGUACAACCCUUUCUUUCUGUUCUGUCGUUCCUUCUCUCAAGGAAGUAGAGAAUUUGUUGGAGGCUGUGGAAAAGUUUUCUGUUAAAUGGUCUGCUUGUUCUCUUUGGGUUAUAUUAGUUAAUGGUGUGAAAUGGCUCAAGAAAGCCUCAGAGGUAGUUUCCUUCUCAAGCAAUUUCAGAAAAUGCAAGAUGAGUGAAGCCCAAGAACUUCUUGCUGAAUCGCAGAGCAUAAGCAUAUCCUUCCCAAUGUUGGUUGGUUUACUUGUCAAAGCCAUUGAAGAGCACAAGCUAUGGCAAGAACAAGUGAAUCAAUUCUUUAGUUUGGAAUCUCAGGAGAGGUCUUGGCCUCAGAUAUUACAGCUCAAGGAACUUGGUAAGGCUGCCGCCUUUAAUUGUUCAGAGCUAGAUAUGAUUUUAUCUGAAGUAGAAAAGGUUGAGAAGUGGAAGCGACGCUGCCUGGCCAUCUUAGGACCGUCUGUUGAUGACAUGAAUGUAUUACUUGGAGCUCUGCAAAAGAUACAACAGUCCAUGGAAAGAUCUUUGUACAUAUAUGACAAGUUGCGGGAGUGGACAGCAAGAAAGAUAUGCUUUUGUUAUCCUUGUUAUCAAGGGGAUCAGGAAUAUCUAACUUGUUCUUCAUGUGAGGACUGCUAUCAUUUGCAUUGCCUGGAGUCAACUUCAAUUGAUGCUGACUGCGCAGAGGUAUAUAAAUGUACGUAUUGUCAGGUUUUAGAGGGUGGAUCAACAUUUCAAAGUGGAGGCAGUCCUUUGAGAUUCAAAGGGAGGCGUCCCGAGCUGAAAGUUCUUAUUCAGCUCAUAUCUGAUGCUGAAAGUUUCUGCAUUAGGAUUGAAGAAAGAGAUAUGCUGCAACAACUCAUGGAUCAAGCUCUUUUAUUAAAAAGUUUUUUGGCAGAAAUAAUUUCUUUUGCAUCUUCUUAUCGGGAUAAAAAUCUUAGCAUUAUUCGUAAAAAGCUAAGUAUUGCUUUUAAGGCCAUCGAAAUGGCUGGUGUGUAUGAUCAUCAGGACCAUUGUGACCUUCAGAUGGCCUUGGCAAGAAAUUCAUGGAGACUCAGAGUUAAUAGAUUACUGGAGGGUAUAGAAAAGCCCACAAUCAAACAGAUUCAGCAGCAUUUGAAAGAGGGAGUGGCUAUGAAUAUACCACCUGAAGACCACUUUAGGCAGAAACUUGUAGAGUUGGAGUGUAUUGGUCUGUGGUGGGCAGACCGAGCUAAAAAGGUUGCAAGAGACUCGGGGGCUCUUGUUCUAGAUGAAGUUUUUGAGCUUAUUACGGAAGUUGAGAAUUUGCCUGUGCAUUUAGACCGAGAAUUAAAGUGGCUAAGAGCUCGAACUAUGCUUUACUGUAUUUGUCGAAAACCUUAUGAUGAGAUGACAAUGAUUGCCUGCGAUCAGUGCAACGAGUGGUACCACAUUGCAUGUGUUAAGUUACAUUCCCCACGAAAAGUUUACAUUUGUGGUGCAUGUAGGCCUCAGACAGGAGAAUGUGUAAUGUUGGAUCAUGAGAGAUCAACCGACUCUAUCUCUGUAGAGCCUAAAACACCCUCUCCACAGCACACGAAAUCAAGGAAGAGAGCUAAAGGAGUCAAGUCCAGUCUAACACAAAAGAUGAUUGCAAUUACAAAUCACAGUAGCCCUUCUGGCUGUUCUAGUGGGAUGGAUCGUUUGUGGUGGCAGAAUCGGAAGCCUUUUAGGAGGCUUGCUAAAAAACGUACUGAUUUCGAGUGUCUUGUUCCAUUCUAUCAUAGACAGUAAUAGCUUUAAAAAAUCAUUAUUUUUAUUUUAUUUAAUUCAUUCAAUUGAUUCUUAGCUUUCAGCAAAAAAACUUUAAUCUCCUCUAAUCAAUAGCAGCCCAGCCGUCGCCUCCAGAACUCACCAGUGUCUGUAUACUUAGUUUUGUAGCCUCCUUAGUUGUAUCUGACUCGAGCAAUUUUAGAAUUUCAUUUCUUUCAUACACUCUAGAGAUCCACUAAUUUCGCAUUGCAAUACAAGUUCUUUGCCGGUUGGUGUUGUAUUUCUUA